CACAUUUCUCUUCAACUUGACUUUCCGUACCAACGAAGCGAGGCACAAACGAUACGUAGAAAACCAGGACCGCUCGAUAACCCAGAGAGCCUCUGCAAAAGUCCACGCAUCCUUGUUACUAUACGAUUCCCGUCCUCGCGUUGUUUUCGCUUCUUGAACUCAAUUUGAUACCCGUACUGUACUGUGCAAUCGACCCCGCCGACUGAGCGAAACCCGAGACAAACAAGAAAUAGGCCGACAAACAAAACGCGGUGGCGCCGCCCAGAAGUCGCAGGGAAAGCCAACUCAGUCCCCUACAAAGGAUGGCCGAGCCCCAGCCAGCCCCGUCCAGGUCGGGUCAGCCGCAAGAUAGCUAUUCUCAGAGCCAAGGCAGGGGCAGGUCACGACGGGGCCCUCGUCGGGGCCGUGGAGGGGCUGCUGAACCAGCAGAUGGGCACACGGCAAACGCAACUCCCGCAGCCGAGCCUGCUGCUGCGGCCGGCAGUGCAUCCUCUCGCGGCGGCGGCUCUCGGGGAAACCAACGGGGCGAUUCGCGCGGAGGCCGCCGAGGACAACCGCGCCGCGGACGUGGGGGGCGCGGAGGGCAGGCUCCCGUCUCGGUAGUAUCUCAGCAACGGACUUUUGGUGGGCACUUGACAGCCCCUUCCGAUCGCCCAGACAGUAGGGCCUCCCAGGCAGCCUCGGGUCUGAGCGGCGAGGCCCCCGAGUUCGUCCCGGGCGGUCCGGUUAGGCAGCGGGGCCAAGGCCCGGCCGGCCGGCCGAGCGAGCGCCGGUCUCUGCCCAAGGGCGUCAAGUCCUCCGCCCCAGACCUGCCAACCCGCAUCCACGAGGAUAUCGACAACCGCGAGUACGAGUGCGUCAUCUGCACCAACGAGGUCCUGCGCAACUCCAGGGUGUGGUCUUGCUCGCUGUGCUGGACUGUCGUCCACCUCAGCUGUGUCAAGAAGUGGCACUCGAACCAGCUUAGCGCCAGGGACCCGCAGCAGGAAUCCACGACAUGGCGCUGCCCUGCCUGUAAUUCGUCCCUGUCAGAGGACCCAGGCUCCUAUCACUGCUGGUGCGGCAAGGACCUGAACCCGUCUCCCGUCCCCGGCCUGCCGCCCCAUUCGUGCGGAAACACAUGUUCCAAGCCCAGGCCGAACUGCGUUCACCCGUGCGGGCUGCAGUGCCACAGCGGCCCAUGUCCCCCCUGUGCACUGAUGGGCCCGUCGCGCUCCUGUUUCUGCGGGAAGCACGAGAUUUCGAAGCGAUGCGUGGAGACGGACUAUUCCAAGGGCUGGACCUGCCAAGAGGUCUGCGGUGACCUGCUACCGUGUGGCGAACACACCUGUGCCCGCCCAUGUCACGAUGGUCUCUGCGGUAGCUGUGAGCUUUUGGUCACGUCCACUUGCUACUGCGGCCAGACGAACAAAGAUAUCCCGUGCGAGCGACGUGAGGAUAUUUUGCCGUCGUUCGACCAUGGCCAGGUGCAACGCGGCCAGGGCAGCGAGCCAGGUACCUGGUUCGAAGGAUCCUUCAAGUGCUCAUCGAAAUGUGGCAGGCAGUUUGAUUGUGGCUUGCAUACAUGCCAGCGCGGCUGCCACGAGCAGAACCAAGACGCCGCCCACUGCCCCUUUUCUCCCGACGUCGUCCUUACCUGCCCCUGCGGCCAGACCUCCCUCGACGACAUAAUAUCACAACCGAGGCAAUCGUGCCACGACCCGAUCCCGCAAUGCACCAAGGUCUGCGGCAAGACACUACUAUGUGGUCAUUCCUGCAAGCAAACCUGCCACCCGGAAGCAUGCGAGCCCUGCACGCAGGUGGUGGAGGCACCUUGCAGAUGUGGGAGGACGGCCACAGAACUUAUUUGCAGCGAAGGCCAGGAGGAACAGCCUGUCUGCGAGCGCACGUGCCGGGCACAGCUGAACUGUGGGCGCCACGAGUGCAAGAACAUCUGCUGCACCGGCGAGCGUAGGGCCUCGGAGAGGCUAGUGGCAAAAAGGAAGAGCAAGGCGUCUAGUUCGUCGUCGUCUAAUGAAGAGGUCGAGGCGGAGCAUGUCUGCAUCCGCGUGUGUGGCCGAAAACUCAAAUGCGGGACGCAUGCUUGCCAGCAGCUGUGCCACAAGGGGUCCUGCCCUUCCUGUCUAGAGGCUAUCUUCGACGAGAUCGCUUGCUAUUGUGGCCGUACCGUACUCUACCCUCCGCAGCCGUGCGGAACACGGCCACCGGUCUGUCGGUUCGAAUGCUCCAGGGCAAAGGCAUGUGGACACCCUCCAGUCAAGCACAGCUGCCAUACCGACGAUGUGCCCUGCCCUCCAUGUCCCUUUCUUGUCGAGAAGCCGUGCAUCUGCGGGAAGCAAACCCUGAAGAACCAGCCUUGCUGGUUUGAGGAGACCCGGUGCGGGCUUCCCUGCGGAUCGACGCUCAAGUGCGGCUCUCACAAGUGCCAGCGGCUGUGCCACAGGCCUGGCCAGUGUGAGGACGCCGAGGUGGCCGGUUCGCACUGCUCCCAGCCCUGCGGCAAGACGCGAACAUCGUGUGAACACACAUGCGCCAACCAGUGCCAUGCUCCGUUCCCCUGCAAAGAGGACAAGCCCUGCCAGUGCAAGCUGUUCAUCACCUGCGACUGCCAGAAUCGCAAGCAGGAAGUGAGAUGCCUCGCCACCGCCAACGACGAGAGGCCCGGCCGUGAGGCGCUCAAGUGCGAUGAGGAGUGCCUGAAGCUGCAACGCAACCGACGACUGGCGGAUGCGCUCAAGAUCGACCCGGAAUCGCACACCGACGACCACAUCCCGUACUCUGACGCUACUGUUAAGAUGUUCCGGGAAAACGUGGGCUGGACGCAAACCCAAGAGCGCGAGUUCCGCGUGUUCGCCGCGGACCCUUCGGAGAAACGCAUCCGGUUCAAGCCAAUGCAGCCGCACCAACGAGCCUUCCUGCACUCGCUAGCCGAGGACUUUGGCCUGGACAGCGAGAGCCAGGACCCGGAGCCGCACCGGCAUGUCGUCGUCUUCAAGACCCCCCGCUUCGUCUCAGCGCCUCGAAAGACGUUGGCCCAGUGCGUUAACAUCAUCAAGACGGCCGAGGCCGCCUCGGCAGCUGCCGCCGCGCCGCAGACUACGCGAGCCGCCUCGAUAGAGCCGUUCAACGCCUUUGUUCUGUCCAAGCCCAAGUUCGGCCUCACCAUCGACGAGGUCGACAAGGGUUUGGCCGCCGACCUCGCCAGCACGGUGAGCUCGUCCCUGACCUUCACCACCACCUUUCUCCCGGCGAGCGACGAGGUGCUGGUGACGGCGCACCGGUCGCCCGUCACGGCGGCAAGCAUCGCGCGCGCCGGCGGCGCCAUCUCGACGCCCGUCGCCCUCGAGAACGCCCUGGUCGCCCUCCGACCCGCGAUAGCCAAGACGGUCGGCCGCCUGGGCCUCGCCGCGAGGGUUGGCCUGUGCCACGUGGACGGCUCGGGCGUCGUGGGCCGGCGCGAGGGCGGCUCGUCGUCCUCGGGCCCCGACGCGGACGGCUGGAGCGCCGUCGUGGGGCGCGCUGCGGGCCGCCAGCCUGUCCGCCCGGCCCCGGAGCCGGCCAAGAAGCCGGGGGGCGUGUUCCUGGCCCUGGCCAGGCGGAAGCCCGCCGAGCCGCCCAAGCCCAAGCCCGAGCCCGAGCCGCUGGAGGACGACUGGGAGACUGCUGCGGAGAAGCUGGAGGACAGGAAUAGUGGUUAAUAUUACCAUAGGGCAAGCAGCCUCUUGGGAGACAUGCAUGGAUCUUCAUCCUGCCGCGGUACCCUGGUGAUGGCAGACAGCUAGGUCACUAGGGAGAUAGGCGAGGAGCAAAGCCUGUGUUUUUUUUUGGUGGCCUGUGGAUGUGUGUUGGUUGCGAAAGUGGCAGCUACUCGAUGGCGCACGCGGAGAUGCGCAUCAAUACCAGAUAUCUACUCGGGCUUCACUCGAACAACGAUUCCUUGAUGCCAAAUCGUCGCAUCUAUAUACUUAUCGCUUGCGGAGAACUUGCAAACCUCUCGAUGUGGAAUCUACCUUGCAUGGACGGCUGACUGAACGUUGCCCCUGAACCACUGUCUGGAGGGCCAGGCAUGAACUGCAACGGGAGGCUAUUUCUUGAGUGAGCUUUGUCACGAGCUCUAUAACGGCGGACAAGAUUUGCGAUGUGUAAUGUAUCAUGACUAUGGCCUCGUGCAACUGCGUCUUUCGUCUUUUUUUUCCUUUUCUUUUUCUACAGCCUGCCCGGGGAUAAAACCACGGAUCUCGCAAAACAAUAUCUGGAAGCGGCUCAUGCACUCGAACUGCAGGAACCUCAAAUUGGUCCCAAGAAUAUGGACCUAGAUAGCAUGUGGGCCAAUAUUUGUAUAUACCCAGACAAAGCCCUAUUCAGCCGCAUAAGCCCUCCGGGUUUCGGGUAAAGGGCUAUAGAUAAGGUGAAGGAGGCGGCGCCAAUAUCGAUACCAGAACAAUAGUCUGUGUUUGGCUACGGAUGAAGAGCACCCUGCCUGCCUCCUCCAAACCGCGAUUACUCUUUGCGUUUCCUUUUUUUUUCCAGCCGGAGGGAGGAGCAUGAGGGGGCAAGGUCAAGGUCGCGUCAUCGGAGGUCAACCUAUACUUUGAUAAGUCUGUCCCGCUAUAUAUCCAAGCUAGCUCGUCCGGCGUGACCUCCCUGAGACAACGGGUCG